AUGCAAUCUUCUUCCUUCACCUACAACAAUAUAUCCUUCAGGGAGAGCGCCUGCUACGAAGCUGAUGAUGCAGAAGAUGAAGAUUCCAUAAUCUUGUCUCUUGGUCCUCCAGGACAAGGUCAAGACAUUUCCAGAUACCCUUUAUCAUAUCCUGCCUCAAACAAGGCCCCCAACUGUCCAAACCCUACUAGCACUGAUCAAAGUGGUGUGACAGUUGCCCUUCAUAUUGGUCCACCAGCCAUUGAAACCAGCUCCAGCAACUCUAAUGACAUUCGUAGUAAUAAACUUGUUGAAGGACAGUACUGGAUUCCUUCACCCGCGCAGAUCCUCGUUGGUCCUACUCAGUUCUCUUGCGCUGUCUGCAACAAAACCUUCAAUCGAUACAACAACAUGCAGAUGCAUAUGUGGGGGCAUGGUUCGCAGUACCGAAGAGGCCCAGAGUCCUUAAGAGGGACUAAACCAGCUUCCUCUAUGCUGAGACUUCCUUGUUACUGCUGUGCUGAGGGUUGCAAGAACAAUAUAGAGCACCCCAGGUCCAGGCCAUUGAAGGAUUUCAGAACUUUGCAGACACAUUACAAGCGGAAGCACGGGGCAAAGCCGUUUGGGUGCCGGAAAUGCGGUAAGCCUUUUGCAGUCAGAGGGGAUUGGAGGACUCACGAGAAGAACUGCGGGAAGCUCUGGUUUUGCAUUUGUGGGUCUGAUUUCAAGCACAAAAGGUCCCUCAAAGACCAUGUCCGAGCCUUUGGAGAUGGCCACGCUCCACAUACAGUGGAAUACUGUGAGGUUGAAGAAGAAGGAGAAGAAGAAGAAGAUGACGAUGAUAAUGAUAAUGAUGAAGACAAUGAAGAUGGGAGUCAUCGUCCUCUUUUCUUUUCUAAUUAAUUAUAGUGAGUACUUCUAACUUUUUAAGUAAUCAAGUUUUGAUCGUGACUAAUUAUGGUUUAAGAUUC